AUGUCCCCGAACUGGCCUCUGCAUCAGGACGUGCCGGUGAUCUCUCCGACGCGACAUCAUCCGGUCACAGACUUUCCUGAUACCAACGAGGUCACUGUGAGGCAAGAUAGACUCUAUAACUUUAUUUCUGUUUGUAGGUUAUUUGCAAUGCGUGGCCUCGCACUCUGGAUUGCCUUUUUUGCCUGCUGUGCCAUGGGGACCUGGGCAGCAUCCACCGCGGCCGCUGGGUCCACACCCGCUGCCGCAUCCACCGUGGCUGGCACCGCUGGUACGACCGCAGCAUCCACCGGUGGGUCUACCAUGGAAGCGGCCGCGACUACGGCUGCGCAGACGACGGCGCCUAUGUCUACUGCGGGUGCGCAAGGUUCUACACCGAUGACCACUGAGGGUGCAGCUGCGGGGACUACUGCAGCGAGCGGGGCUACCACUGUAGCAGGAACUGGCGCAACCACUGCGGCUGCUGCGACUACGGCAGCUGGUGAGACAACAGCAGCCGGUGCUACCACUGCGGCCGGUGGCACUACUGCAGCUGGCGAGACUACCGCAGCUGGCCAAACGACAGUCGCAUGAAUUGGCGAUGAAAUGGCAACAAUGAAGACAUAGGACUCUAAUAGGCCUGGACAAUUACAAACAACUCCCUUUGACUUCUGCUCUUCAUUUUUCCGGAUGAACCAUCUGUAACAUUUUUCUUUAAACCCUUAUAUAACAGUUGAUAAAACUGUUUUACACUAUUGUCCUGCUAGGAUUGUCCUUCUUAAGGCUCUUUUGGUAUUUUAGUGACUCUUGAACUACAUGACUGACGACGUGUGACUUCUCUCA